AUGGCCAACUAUAACGAAGUUCAACCCACUGCAUUCAAACCUAAAAAUAGUAAUAAGAGACGAGGACGUAACCACGGCGGUGGAAACAAUGGUGGUGGAGGAGCAGCAGGUGGAAGUGGGGGGAGAAGAGAAGGAGGAGGUAAUAAUAGAAGAAAUAAUCGAGAAGGAGGAGGAGGAGGAGACAAUCUCAGCAGUGGGAAUGGUAGAUCUUUCAAAGAAGGGGGGUUUAACCAUGGCAAUAGAAAUAAUGGGGUUUAUGAGAGGGAAGAGAACAGUAACCAGAACUAUACACCAGACAGCACUUCCUUCACAGAAACGAGUUAUUCACACGAUGAAUAUACAUUCGGAGAAGAUGGGUACGAUUCCCAGAGGGCUAGUUCACCAAAGGUUGAACCCCAGAGCCAACCCACGAGCUACACUCAGAUAUCACGACGUGAUACUAGGAAUGAUCCAAUACCUGUAAAAUCUAGCUAUAACUCGCAACCGACGCACUCCAGGAAUUCCACACGACGUUACAGCAACACAUCCCCAAAACGCCCGAGUAUCAACAACGCCGAAGCUCAUAACGAACAGCCACAGCCUCCACAAACGCACCAGCCGAAUAAUAACGAUAAUUUUCCGCCUUCCUUUCGCCCAUUUGUUGAAAGGAAGCUAGUUGCUAUUGGAAAUCUCUCUCCAAGGGACCAAGCUGAAGCUAAAGAACAACUUGCGAUACUCAUUACACUGGCACAGAACAGGGAGCUUAUGUUCAUCAACGAUUGGGCCAAGCAGAAGAUCCCGUUGUUGGAUGGGGGAGGGGAGAUGCUAUUGCAGUGUGAGGAGGAAAAUGCAAGCAACAGAAAUCGGACUACACUGGAUGGAGUGAGUGGGGGAUCAUCUCGAUAUGGUGGGAGUAGGAACCAAAACAACCAUCAAACGGUCAAUAUGACCACACGCUAUACCACAUCGACAAAGGAACCAAUUUCACCACCGCAAAGGGAACUGGCUGUAGAUAGAAUACCUUUGGAUGGGGGUGCAGAUGUGGCUCCCAUAAAUGCAGAAUCUUCAACCUUUAUGAGAGGAAAGCCACAAAAGUCUUUCGGGUCUGCCCAAGAUGGGGAUAUACCACGGCAAGCUAAGCCUUAUGCUGCUGUAAAUAGUAAACGAGUUGCAGAGGAGGAUUACGCGUCACACGAAAGAAAGCGACAAAGGGCAGAGAGAUUUGAAGCCACGAGCCUACCUCACACAUUGCCACCAACUACCGCGAACGUAAAAAAUGGUGGGCCUAUUGUGGGUCUUAAUCCUAACUUGGAGAAAUAUUACUUGCGGUUGACUUCAGAACCAGAUCCAAGGAAUGUGCGACCUCAGCACAUAUUGGAAAAAAGUGUCCAAUACGUCCUCAAAAAAUACGGUACAUUGCCAGACAAAGAAGCAUAUCACUAUCUCAAUAAUCAAUUCAAGUCCAUACGACAAGAUCUCACUGUCCAGCACAUCAAGAACGAUUUUGCCAUUUCUGUGUACGAGCAGAACGCUCGACUUGCUUUGAAACACGAUGACCUCGGCGAGUUCAAUCAAUGCCUGGGUCAGUUGAAGUUUCUCUAUAACUACAAAAGACAGUCAUCUCUUGAUUGGCUGAAGCGUUUUAUUUCGCUGGAAGUUGAGAUGAUCUGCUAUAAGAUCAUAUACAUGAUGAUAACAAAUAGUAACAGUGAAAUUUGUAAACUAAAACUUAGUUUGUUACAAGACUACAAGGGGUUCCAGAGGGAGAAUGCGAAUGUGGUGUAUUUUAAGUUUAUUAUGUCCUUAUUCAGGCUCAAUAACUAUAAGCUCACAAACAACUGUUUCCAGUUUUAUGAAGAGCUAGGUGAAUAUAAAGGUUUGAACGAUGUGCAUUUGGCGUUAAAAGUGAUAUCAGGAUUCUUGGACAACAAAAUAAGAUUGUCCGGACUUUAUGUUAUUUGCAGCGCAAACAGAACAGGCAUGAAGAUUGAAUCUUUGCAGGAUUUGUUGAGCUUCGAGGAUAGGAGAGAUUGUGAUGCUUUUUUGCGCAAGUUUCAGUUGGACACAUUUAUCACUAAAGAUGAUUUUCAAGCUUUCAGGGCUAAGGGUACUGUAAAAGCAUUAUACAAGAAAUCAACAAAAAUAGAUAUCAAAGGACAAAUUUAA